CCCAUCCUCCGCUUCUCGCCGGCUCCCUCCGCUGCUGCUGCUGCUGCUCAUAACUCCCGUCGAGGGUGUUGCAGAGAAGAAAUAUUUCCUGAACAAAUGGAGAAGCAAACUGCGAGCCUCCAUUUGGUCUCUGCGUUUCUCGCCAUGGAACCCACUGGCUGCGUGAUAUCCCACGCGAGAUCGCUCGGUGGUGGGUCCGUGACGGUGGAUGCUCAGAGGUUCAUUUGGGAUCAUUGCAUCAGUAAAGCUAUUGGCAAGUGUCAUGCUCCGUACUUGAAAAACUUUGUGAAGAAGCUCAUAUUGGAAAUUGAGUCUAAUCGUGAUGAUGUGCUAGAUGAAUUGUAUGAACUGUACACCGAGUUCAUGACUUCUUUAAAGGAUGAAAAUGCAGUCAAAGGGACUGAGAGGGCUUUGAAAUAUAUUUCUUUUCUUUUCCCAGAUGAUGCAAGUUGUGAGGAUGCAAUGGUAAGGGAAUUGGUGGUUCCACUGCAUUGUUCGCUCAACAUGCUUGAAGGAGAUACAGGGUGUUCGAUCUGGCCUGCAAGUCUAUUUUUGUCAGAGUUCAUACUAUCCUUUCCGGAUAUGUUCUCCAGCAAAACGUGUUUUGAAGUUGGCUCAGGGGUUGGCUUAGUUGGUAUAUGUCUCACCCAUGUGAAAGCUUCCAAGGUAAUAUUAAGUGACGGUGACCUAUCAACUUUAAGCAACAUGAAGCUUAAUUUGAAGAUGAAUCAAUUGAGCACGGAUGAUGAUGAGCCAGUGUCUUCAGAAUGUACAGAUUCUGUCAAAUGUUUACACCUGCCUUGGGAAUGUGCAUCUGAGAGUGAACUGCAGGGACUUAAACCGGAUAUAAUCUUAGGUGCUGACGUGAUAUACGAUCCGUUGUGCCUGCCACACCUUGUGCAUUUAUUCUCCAUUCUUUUGGAUAAAACAAAGUCAUCUUUGCGAUUCCCGAGAGUAGGUUGUGACUGUGCAAUUGGCGGUUCACAUGAAUACAGCGAUGGCUGUGAUGCCCAAGAUGUCGUGGCAGCUAGCGAUAGUGCAGGAAAUGCCAGUCCCACUGAGCAUCCGAUGGCUUACAUUUCGUCUGUCAUCCGCAAUGCCGAUACUUUCGGUCAUUUUCUUGCUUUAGUUGACGAGGCAAACCUUGCCAUCAUGGACCUGACCAGAACUCAUCAACCUGCCAGUUCGCUUCCUUACAUGCAAUCAUACGAUAGAUCGAGCAUGCGACUGUUCAGGCUCUCAAGCAAAUGAGGCUCGAUGUUUCUAACUCACCAUAGUGCGAAGAGCUUGUGCCCUGUUUUUGAGUUAGCACAUUCACGCAGGCACAGAUUGCAAAUUGUCCAGAUAGUGAUCCACGUCAGGGGCAUGUUCUCAGACAUUUCCUCUGAUAUUUUGCUUGGCCAAUGUGAUGUGUUUGAUCUAGUGCAGCGAACAUUGCUGUAGUAAUUUGAGUUAUGAGAGGAAAUGCUUCAUCCA